CCCAACCCUCUCCAUUGUUGUCCAAAGCAGGUCUCCUCGCCGAGCCCGCCGACACGCUUCGUGGGCGCUCGUUUGAGCUGUGGUAACGCUGUUUUGCGCGUUCACUUGCGACCCCGUGGCGCCUCUGCUCCUUUUGUAGAUGAGCAAGCGUCGCGCGGAGCCGCCGAGCAACGACAAAGCCGCUUCUUCGUCCGGUAGCGGCCACAACCUCGAGUGGUGGCGCGGACUUCUCUUUGGCGUGGCCGUCGACGGGAAGACUGUCUACAAGGACACCCCCGAGACUGCGCUUGACCGCGCACACGCGAGGCGGGAGGCGCAGCCCCUCGCGGGCCUCUCGAUCCACCUGCCUCGGCCUGUGCCUCCGUCGGUGCUAACCACCAUCGACAGCCUCGGAGGGUUGCUGGCCGCCGGGCAGAGCAGCACCCACUGCGUCGUCAGCCCGGGCCUGACGGAGCGCACCUUCGCGCACGACCCCGGCCUGAGGCGGGAGCUGCGCCAGUGCGUCGCCGCAGGGCUGACGGUCGUGGAGACGAGCUGGGUCGACGAGGUCGCAAAGCUGCCUCCAGGCGGCGACUGGGCCGCAGUGGAGACAGCGCCGCACGUGCCCCCCGUGCUGGCUCUCUGCGGCACGGGCGAGGGCGAGGGCGAGCCGCCGCGGCGCGCGGAUCGCUCCGGCCUCCACGCGUCGCUCGCAGAGACGUGGGAGCAUGUGCAGCGGAGCCAGCCCGAGCAGGCCGAGUCGGACAUGCUCGCGCGAGCGAUCGAGAUCUCGCUCCUCGACUUCGCGCUGCAGUUGCACGACGCGCGGCAGCCUGCCCCGGCGGAGGACCCUCGCCGCCGCGCCUACCGCACGUUGAUGGAGGAGGCGGACCCGGGCGGCGGCGGCGGCGGCGGGGAGACUCCCUUCUCGGCUGGCGAGGCGCGGCCGCGGCUCGCAGGCCCGCGGCUGGACGCGGAGCUCAAAGAGCACCGCGCAGUCGUCGAGGCGUGGUUCGAGAGGGGAGGCUCCGACUUGGAGAGCGCACGGGGCAGGCUGGAGCUCGCCCUGGACGCGCUCGGCUUGUGCGCGAGAGACUUGGGCGCCACCAACCGCAACGAGAGCGGCGAGGUCAUCUACAACCAGUGCUUCUACCUCAGCCUGGCCCGCCUUUCUUCGCGCGCGCGCGCCUUUCUCCGCGACGAGGGCGAGCCGCCCCCGUCGCUGGUCGGCGAGACGGCGCUCCACUUUAAGCGCGUCAUCGAGACGGCCGUGCUGCGGGCGCACCCGGAGUGGGCCGAGACGCAGGUGGGCGAGGACCUGCAGGCCUUUUCCGACUUCCUCUUCUACGUCAUCGGCGGCUCCAACGCGAUGCUCUCCGAGCUCGCCGCCGCCGUCUUUGACUCCGUCUCGGGCGGCGUCGAGGUGUACAGAGGCGUCCACUACCCCGAGGGAGCGCAGGGGUCGGCGUUUGCGGCGGAGGAGUGCCAGCGCGCCAACCUGCUCUGCGUGCGGUACGUGCCCGGGCAUUACCAGGCGCUCCUGCCACGGCCGGACGCACACGGCUUUGGCGGCAAGGGGCCCACGUUGAAGGAGCUGCUCGGCUGCCUCGACGCGUGCAACGUGUGCUACGUCGUGACCGACGACAGCGGCUGA